UCAAUAUCAGGCAUUAAACUGCUGAUUUAUGAAGUUGCUAUAAAUAAUUUGAUGCAGUAAUCCUUCGCUCCUAUUUACAACAUACUUAUGGCAUUGUAAACAGUCAAAAUAUGCUAUGUUACUAUUAAAUAUAUCUGUUGUCUGGUAACACUUAGCUAAACAGUCUCAAGUUCCUGGAUGCAUACCAGGUCCCACUUUUGAGCUAAAAAAAUAUCAGGGCCUUUCACUAUGUGGGAAUUCCCCCUUCUGUUUAAAAACACAGCAAACGCUUCCCCCAUUGCCACCAGUUUCCUUAAAAAACGCCUCUCGGACACAAGUAUAAUGUGUAGAAUAACUAAUGGGGUUUAGAACAGCUGAGACAACCAAUUUAGUUUCCUGCAGUACUGAUUAAAGUUUUCAAGAUAACUCACACCGGAAUGAUACAGGGAAACAUGUUUGGUAAGUGACGGGGGUGACAGAUGGAGGGAAAAAGCCCAUAUCGCAUCUAUGACCCCGGUGGGAGCGAUUGCCAGGUGAAAGACGAGGCCAGCAGCCUCAGCUACAGACAGCUGCUAGAGGAAAACACCGUUUUGAGGGAGAGAAUGAAAGGUCUGAAGAGUUUAGGAGACCUGUUAGAGGAGUCUCAGACAGAGGCAGCCAAGCUUCGGAAGAGGGUGGAGGAGCUGGUGAGGGAUAACGAAACUCUGAAGUCAUCCACGACCAGCUUUGCCUCCAGUCUGUGCAUGGGCGCCCCUGUUCAUACAGACACACAAGGUCAUGGAAAACAUCACGCUCAUCCUACAACAGAAAGACAAGAAUCUCGGGAUUGUUUAACUGGAAAUACUUUACAACCAGAGGCAACUGAAAGUUCAUCUGAGUUUGAGGUGGUGAAUAUGGAAGAGAAGACUGUCUCAGAAACCCAGACGGCUGGAGUGAUGCACCUGCCACAGGAGAACAUGGAGCUGGCGAGUCAACUCCGGCGUCUGGAGAGUUCUUUUAGUGUAUUUGCUGAAGAGUCAAAUCCCAACCAGCUGCUGGCUCACCUGGGCCGCAUGGCUGUGGAAUUCCACCACUUAUCAUCCAAGGUCCAGAAGAACGAACAGAGAACAUCUCUCCUACAGACACUCUGUGAACAGCUAAGACAGGAAAACAACGAGCUUAGGAAAAAAAUGGAGGAGGACCUCCAGUACCGUAACCGUGAUCUGGAACAGCUGAGGCAGGAGAAUUUGAAACUGAAGGAGCAAGUCAGCGGAGGAGCCCAGGCAGCACCUAUUGAGCAACCAAGCCCAAAGGAGGAGCCAGUGAAAGAAGAGACAACCAAAACUAAGGUGGAAAUGACCAUGACUCAGCAGUCUGGUAAAACUGUGGAAAAAACACCAUCUAAGACUUGUGAUCCGGAGGUGUAUGAGAAAAAGAUCAAGCUUCUGGAGAAACAGAGGAAAGAUGUACUGGAGGUGAACAAACAGUGGGACAUUCAGUGGAAUUCAAUGAAGACACAGUUUGAGCAGAAGAUCACAGACCUAAGGCAGCGGCUCGCUGACUCCCAAAAGGCUGUGCUUGAGCUCGAAGCAGAACGUGAACAGAGACAAAGAGAUUAUGACAAAAAACUCCUCCUCGCCAAGUCUAAGAUCGACAAUGUGCAGGGUGAGAAGGAGUGCCUCACCUCAGAAACAUGCGAGUUGAAACAAAAGGUGCGUUACCUGCAGGACCAGAUGCUGCCACUUACUAAACAAAGAGAAUACCAGGAGAAAGAGAUCCAAAGGCUUAAUAGGGCAUUAGAGGAAGCUUUGAACCUCCACUCUCCCUCUUCCACCCAGCCAGGCAUGAACCUGGGAGAAGGUGUGGCCAACCUGAGACAGCAGGAGCUGCACACACAGAUAGCUGUAUUGAAGGAGCAGGUGAAAAUCUUUGAAGAGGAUUUCCGGAAGGAGAGGAGUGACAGAGAGAGGAUGAACGAAGAGAAAGAAGACUUGAGGCGGCAGGUGGAAAGGCUGCAGGGUCAAUUGACCAAUCUGAUGAAUCAGCUUCAUCAAGCACAGAAUGAGUGUCAGAGAGAGCGUGCAGAGAGGUGUAAACUAGAGAGACUGCAGAUGCAACAUAAGCAGGAGGGGCAACAGGAAAGGAGGACGUCUGAUCCCACUUCUGGCUCGGCCAAUGGCCCGAUGAGCCCUCCAUACUGUGGCCCGUUUGUACAGGUGGGCCAUCAAGGUCUAGAGGGGUGGCCCAUACACUUCCCGCCCAGGAUGCCUAACAUCAGUACAGCACCCGGCAGGGAUUUCCAGCCUGUCAACCCCGGUUUUCCCUGGCAGUCAUCCUUCCCACAACCACGUGGUUCCAGAGGACAAGCAGACACAGCGAGACCCCCUCCAGAAACUGCAGAAAUGGGAGCAACUGGAUUUGGGAAAAGGGAGCGUCAGAACAUAGACCCCGGAAAGCACUAACCACAUAUUCUCUCUCCUGGAAUGGCUCCCGGCUAGUAGCAUGAUGCAGUUUAUUUUCAGUUGGCAUGGUGUGAACUAUUGUUUUUUGUUUUGUUUGUUUUUUGUACAUGUAUAUAUAUAUAUAUAUCUACCACUGAUGAAAAUGUUGUUUAUAUACUUACGUUUUAUAAUCCUGUUUGUGAAACACUGUUCUUGCAAAUUAAGAAUAUAUACAUUCAUUAUUUUACCUUUUUAUGAUUGUUAAAGUUUAAAUUAUCUGCUUUAUAUAAUUCUAUGCAGGAAUUGAAGUCAGUUAUUUAAUGGAUAUUAUGAUUGAACGUUAUUUUUAUAACAAUCUACCUAUAGAGUUAAAUCUCCACCACUUAAUUAAAUGAUAGCUGCCUGAAAACAUGACAUUUAGUGUUUUGGUACUGAUCGAGACUGACAAAGACAUUUGUAUGUGCAAUUAGAGAAAAUGUGUAUUUAAAAAUUGUAACUCUAUAGGUGAAUUGUCUUGAAAAUGGCUAACAGUAGAAUGUGACUGAACUGAUUGAUGAUUCCUUCACUGGCAAUGGUUGAGAUGAUGGGAGAGGUCACAUACUGUUGAACGUCUGCGUGUGUCAUUACUCUCUGACUGCUCAUCUGCCCCACUGUUUAUUGAAGCCAUAUAUGACACCUGUUAACCUUUCCAUCUAUUAGAUUACGUUCUGGGAUUACUUUAGUAAGCGCUUCAAUAGCUUGUUGAUCCUUCAGAUACUUAUGAGUGUAAUUGAAAUGAUAAUCUAUCGAGGAGGGCUUUCAUCUGGGCGACAGAAGUAUCACAGUAGUUUUGCUUAAUAUUUUUCAAGAUUCAGUGUUCAAAAACAUUAUUCCCUAUGUGCAUAUGGAAGUGAUAAGUUAUUUAUAUCUAUUGUUUUGACAGCUGAGUGUGGUUUAUUGUCUUAAGUGAUGUUGUCUUUUGUGUAUUGUUUUGUGUCUCCCUUUACAUAUUGUAGCUACUGGAAGACUGUAGGAUGUGAGUUUGUGUGUUUGUGCAUAUGCACAGGAAGUGGGCCAGAAUAAAUAAGUUUAUGCAUCACAUUAGUGCAGCCCACUUUGAUUGGUCUCAUUUUUGAUUUAGGCUGAACAUGAGGAGGAAAUAACCAAAUCACCAAAUGGCUGAUUACAGUGGGUCCAGUGUUGCACUUAAAAACAUUGUAAUAUGUUUGGAACAGGGUAAGAAUCAUAUCCUUUCUGUUUUUAUGGUCAUCUGCCAUCAUGAAGGCUGUUUUUCCACAUGUGUGCAGUGUCUCCAACCUUACUGACCAAUGCUUUGAACCAAACGCAAAAAGGUUUGUAUGCUCACAAAAUAUUCCCAAUGGCGAGCAACUCAUUUGCUGUCAAAUGGUGUGAUAUUUGUCAUGUAAAUGUACAAAAUAAAACAUAGGCAGGCAUUUAUUUUAUGAGUUGAAAUGUCUUUGAGCUGGAUUGCACUCUGAGAUGUGUGCUUUAUUUACUCGUCUCCAUCAAUUACUGGUUGGCAGUUUUGUGCUUUUUGGAAUGACUCUUUUUCUCCAGUGGGUGAAAGCAGACCUCAUGUGAAACUUUUGUAAUUGAUUAGUAUAAUAAAUAUAUUCUAACUGUC